UGAGAGGAGAUAACACUUUUUACUUAGUGUCCGCCUCCCAGUGUCCGCAGAUUAUACCUAAGGUAUCAGUCACUGGUAAAGAAACACUACGUUCCGUCAAAUGACAGUCUAAUGCCAUCAUUAAGAUAUGUGAGCAAUGAAUAUGAACGACAUUACAGACCUAGAGGAUACCAGAGAUUCAAGACAAAUAAUGUGGCAUCAAGCAGUAUAUUAUCAAAAAUUAGACAAGUAAGCAGUGAGCACUUUGAUAGGAGAAUACGUAGUCUGAAAAAUGUGAUGAUGAUGAAAUCCACCAAGAGUGAACAGCACACAACUAUUUGUCAAGGUGAGGAGAUUUUGUCUGUACAAGAAGAGCUGCAUCAAGAAAGUAGCUGUGAAUUUUCUGCACUGAAUGGUGUCACUGUGAUAGCUGAUGAGUCUGUCUGUCAAGAGGACCAUGGGUCUGACUGCUCUUUUUCCCAGUACACUUACAAGGCAACUGAUGGCUAUCAGUCUGGUGAGUCCAAUAGUAGGGAUGUCCAGCGUUUGUGUGAAGAAUGUAAAACUUUUUACAAAAAACUGAGAACAAGGAAAGGACCUGCAAUCAUCAAAGAUCGACGCUCUACAGAUCCAGGACCCUGGUAUGGUAAAUCUUGGAUAUUUGUGAAUCAAUCUUCAGCAAGAGGAUCCAGGAAAACUUCAAAAAGAAGCCUGGAAAGCGCUUUGAAGAGGCUUAGAGACUUGCCAAUAUCAAGGUGUUCUCCACCUGCUAGACCACAUUGGACAUGUUGCAGGUGUCAUUUAUUUCUGAAGAGAAAUAUUCGCUUAUGUAAAGAGGCACAGAAAACAUCCAUAUUUAAAGAUCAAAGCAAAAAGAAGAGAAAACUACCAAAUUCUGGUCGCAAAUCAAAGAGGCCUAAAAAAUAUUUGCCCAGCAACCGAGAAGAGGAGACUGAGCUUAAAAUAGGCCAAAAAGCACGUAAGACAUACAGCUUGGAUUCGAGCCAGGAAGAAAUUGCAAAUCCUGAAAUCAAAAGAUUUAAGCUGGAAGUUAGGAAUACAGGAAAGAAAACCUUACUGCAAAACACAGAAACUUCAAGCAACUCUGUCCAUAUGACAUCAUCUACAUUUGAACCCAUGGGGCACGAUGCCAGACCAACUAGCAAGUAUCCAGUGCACGCUGGAAGUUUUAGAGAGCAACUGGAGAAACUGAAGAUGGGGGAAAUAAAAAGUGGUAUCAUAAAAGAGAACUAAGAUUUGAAGUUGGGCCUUUCUACAAUGUUCCAUAUUAUAAAUCAUAUGUUGCAAAUGUUUCUUAUAAGUUACAGUUCUGGUAAAACGUGGUAAAAGCUUACCAUUUGA